AUGUCAAACCCGCCGCACGAUCCCGAAGACUCUCGACAUGACCCCCUGGUGACACCUGCUACGCCCGUCCAACAUGAUUGCUCCAGGGAGGCUGAGCUCGCCCAGAGCAACCCACGUCACCACUUUUCCAAGGACUCUCACCUGUCCCAGGGGGCUCAAGAGGCGCCUUCCCCAUCGCGGGCAGAAUCCCCAACGGUCCGUCAAUGGUCGCAGCCCGCAUCUACUUUCGCCCUAAAAAGGACUGCAUCAACUCCCUUGGAGAAAUUAUCCCGCCCGGACUCCUUCCACAGCCCACAAUUGUCCGAGAGAGACAGCAUCUUCGCAACACACUAUCUCCCUUCGGACAGCGGCGCAAAUACCCCACAAUUGCCCCCCGAAAGGGCUUCGGAUCAUGAACGUCCGGUGAAUGCCAUCCCGGGCCUAGAUGAUAUACAUGGGUCCCCAAGUCCUAUUUCCAAGGUCACCCCCCACCGCCCUCACGUCGACCCUUCCCCCAUGGAAGUUGACGUCCGCAGACAUCUCCCCUUGCGCUCGUCGCCUCUGUUUUCUCACACCGAUGCCCCCCGCUCGAGGGGGGAGUCAAUUGCUCGGUUUGUGCACUCUGUGCCUUUGGAUGAAACAGGUACGAACAUUGGUAACCCGCAAGACACUUUGGCUGAACGCAGUCUUCUCCCGUCUUUGCUAGACGAUGCGUCCCGCUACCCCCAGUCCUUAUCACCGUUGACAUCCGGCCAGGACUGGCCUAUGGUCAGUCCGGAGACCGUACCUCAUACCGUUCCUCAUAGUUCCUUUGCCGAAUCAUCUCGGGGUAUUCAACUCGAGGGCGGCUCAACCAGAGGUCGCCGUGGGCGAGUGGACAGCUCAAUCGAGGCAAAUCUUACCAACGCGGAGCCUGCAUCCAACGUGCGCAGCCGCAAAUCUAGCCAUUACCUCGGUCUAUUCAAAGAAAACACAUCCCCCGACCGCAAGCGAUGGGAAGACCGUGCUAGACAGCAAGAUGAGCCACUUGAUAUGAGGGAUCACACCAUGGAGCUGGAAACCCCGAAACUUAAUGCCCUAGCAGAGGAUGAUGCGAUACUCCGGAAAAGCAUUUCUCUCCCCUUAUUGGGCGACAGUCAGUCGCUCGAGUCACCAUCUACUAACAAGUCCCAACAAGUGGACCAGGAAGAUGGCUAUCAGCGGCGUCCACAAGCGCUGCCACGCGGUCUCCUCGAGGAAAUCCGGAACUUUCAUCUUACCCCGGGUGGUAGCCACGGAUCCUCCUUUUCCAAAAGCAUCCCGACCCAAUAUUCGGAACUGAGUCGCGACUAUUUCCAAAGAGAAUCCCAUGUCGAACGUUUCCCCAAUUCGCUUAGUUCCUUCGAGGAAGGAGAGCGUCGAGAAUCCGGUCAAUUUGAAGAUGAAGAGGAGAACGAACAAAUCUCCUCUGCUGUUUAUUUCCCUCACAAGCGCACAGUACCCGAAGGGCUUGAUGUUUCAGAUCAAUUACUAGCAGAUUCGGAUAGUGUGCAAACACUUCAACUGUCCGCUGCAGAGAAAGGCCGUGAGCUGAUGCUAGUGCCCCAAGAGCGUAGAGAGCCCCCGGAGCAAGAAGUCGGCCAUGUGGAUAUUUCUUUUCGAUCUAAAACUGAAAAUAAGAUCUUCUCCGGUGAGCUUGCGGAACUUCGUUCUCCGGCAGAAAGCCUGCCAGAGAAGUCUCUGAGCACGGUUUCUGAAUACAAUUAUGAUUCCACUGGCGAGUCCGAAAUCGUAUCCGCGGACGAAAGCUCUCAAUCCAUGCAUGAUGAAUCCAGCCUCACCGACGAUCUUGAGGUAACACCGACUGCUACCCCCACGCAACGAAAUCGAUUCCCUGUUAGACGAAAGUCGAAACCCACAGCGCCCCUCGGGGCUGUGGAAUUGAAGCCGUACAGGCAUCAAGUCGGUGGUCAUACCACUGUUUUCCGUUUCUCGCGACGGGCAGUUUGCAAGCAGCUCAACAAUCGGGAAAAUGAAUUUUACGAGCGAAUUGAAAGAAGGCAUCCUGAUAUGCUCUUGUUCCUUCCGAGAUAUAUCGGUGUUUUGAAUGUGACUUUCUCGAAAACAUCCAAACGCCCCAAGGCUAGUACCGAGCAUGCAAACCAGACUAAUGGGUUUUCUGCAAAGAAUUCUCAACAAUUGGAGGCUCCGGAGCCACAAAGAAUUGUUAGCCAGUCACAAGUCACCGGGGUCAUUCCCAAAGUCAUUCUUGAGAACAAUCGUCAUAUCAUCCCGGCCGACCUUUUCACUCGUCCUCAACGACCUCGACUUGGGGAUGGCGGUCUGAUGGACCGACCACACUCCGCCGAUGGUCUUGAUAAUGUCGCAGGGGACUCUGAUUCAUCCAGGAAACAGACCAAGAUCUGGGGUGCGACCACAGUGAACAGAAAGCUCCAGGAACAAGUUCUGCGGGAAGUGUUCAGUCCGCCUGCCAUUCAUCAUCAUCGGCGACAGGCGCGGGGCCCGCUUCAUCUGCCGAGAGCGUCCUCCGACAUGCCUCAUCGGCUUGGGAACCUGUCAAAAGACCACACAGCCAAUAGUCGUCCUUCCACAUUGGGAAAGGUUGAGACUUUGAGAAAUCCCGUGAAGGAAAUUGCGCGGUCCAAUCCCGAUCCGGGUCCAACACUUUCAUCGUCAGCAUCCACUGCGUUCGAAGACAAUCGCAACCGCCUCGAGAAAACGCAGACCGAAGAUCAAUCAAAUCGCGCAACAUCUCUCCAUCGCGGCCAGACAAGGCGGCGGCAUUCCGGCGGUGGUCUUCAACGACGUGGAAGUUUGAAUUCUCGUAAUGAGGGUGAGCUUUUGUUUUUUGACGACGAAGGUUAUGGUGGAGAUCGAGAGGACGAAAUUUUCUCCAUGGAAGGUGAUGCACCUAUUCCUGAAAUCACUACCUCUAAGGUUAAGUCUUCGUCCUCCAUUUCCACGGCUUCGGAAAGCGCCUAUGGCACCGAGACCGAAGCCCCCAACAAACUUUUGGACGCCUCUCGUGCACGAGCGAAUGUCGACACUGGUCCUGAGUUGCCAAGUAAUCCCAAAGAGGCGCAAAUGCGAAAGGAUGACCGAGUUCAGUUUUUCCUUCUCCUGGAAGAUCUCACAGCUGGCAUGAACAAGCCAUGCGUCCUCGAUCUCAAGAUGGGCACUCGUCAAUACGGUAUUGAGGCGAACGAGAAGAAGAAGAAAUCUCAGAGGCGAAAGUGCCAGUCGACCACUUCCCGGCAAUUGGGAGUUCGCCUCUGUGGUAUGCAGGCUUGGAAUGUCAAGAAGCAAGAGUACAUCUUCGAAGAUAAGUACUUUGGACGAGACUUGAAAUCGGGCCGCGAAUUCCAGGAUGCUCUCAUUCGCUUCCUUUACGAUGGCGUUAGCUACACCAGCGUGGCUAAGAAGAUCCCCAUCAUCCUGGAAAAGAUCUCGCUGCUGGAAAAUAUGAUCCGCAAGUUGGAUCGAUACCGUCUGUAUGCUAGUAGCCUCUUGAUUCUGUAUGAUGGAGAGCAAGCAACUCCUCCGCCAACACCUAGUCGCCCUAGUGGUGAACGACCCAGUCCGCGGCGACGAGCCUCUGAAGAUGGACACAACAGCAUCGAUGUUCAAUUGAAAAUAGUCGACUUCGCCAACUGCGUGACUGGCGAGGACGAAUUACCUCCGAACACACCUUGCCCACCUCAGCACCCGCAAGACAUUGAUCGCGGAUAUCUCCGUGGCCUCCGCACUCUGCGUAUGUACUUCCAACGCAUUAUGCGUGAAACCGCCCAAGACGAGUUCAUCGAGCGUGGCGAAGGCGAGGCUAUCGCUCUAGGCUCCCAACCUGCCGUUCGCGAGUCCCCGUCAGACCAGUACUGGGAUGAGAGCGUGAUGGACAGUGACGCAGGUGAAGUCAGUUUCUGA